AUGAGGAAAGAAUAUCGUCGCUUUCCUGAAGAGCGGCUGCUUUUACCUAAUGAUCACGUGAUAGUAGAAUGUACUUAUGAUUCUUCAAAAAAGAAUCAUACCACAUUUGGUGGGCUUUCAACACACGAAGAAAUGUGUUUGGCAUUUCUUUCAUAUUAUCCUAAACAGAACAUAUCUGCAGCUACUAGUUGCCCUAUUCCUAGCAAUGUAUUGAAAUCGAUAGGCGUAGAAAAGCUAUCAGAGGAUGAAAAAUCUGUUGUUUCUCCACUUACCGGAAAAAAUGAAAGUUAUUAUGACUUUCUCGAUUCUUAUUCAUGGGACGAAAUUUCAGUAAAUCAAAUACAAAAAGCUAUGAUGUAUGGCCCUCAUAUAAACUUUUGUUUAGAUACAAAUGGAAAAGGAAUUAAGAAUUAUAUUCUCUCGAGAUAUCCAAAAGUAAAACGAAGCUACAAAGAACCAGACAUUUGUGCAUCACGUGAAAACCCCAUCAGAGACAUACCACCAAGAACAAAACCAUCUAGACCAAUAACUCCCAAAAUACCAGAAAUUACUUUACCACCUAGAAAUGACCAAACUACAAGAAUACCGCAGAAACCUUUUCCUCCAAAACGAACAACACAGAUGCAACAAACUAAUUCUCCACCAAAUGUUAGACCAGAAACACGCAAACCACAAAGAAAAUUUCCACCAAUCAGACCAACUACAAGAGAUCCAUGGAGAACAACACAGAUGCAACAAACUGAUUUUCCAGCAACACGCAAACCACAAAGGAAAUUCCCACCAGUCAGACCAAUUACAAGAGAUCCAUGGAGAACAACACAGAUGCAACAAACUGAUUUUCCAGCAACACGCAAACCACAAAGAAAAUUCCCACCAGUCAGAACAACUACAAGAAAUCCGCCUUGGAAACCUCCUCCACGUACACCAUCGAGUACAAGAAAGCCAUACAAACCAUUUCCUCCAAAUGUUAGACAAGACAGAACUACAGAAAGACUAGAAAUUACAACCGAUAAACCUAAAAGCGAAAUUGUACCGCAUGUUAUUCCUUAUCCUAUAAUAGAACAGAUAAUUAGAGAAUCUGGUUAAGUUUUGAAAGUAUCAUUUUUAAUCUAUAAUUCUUUUAUUAAAUUGUUAUUUUAUUAAUUCUUUCCUCAUAUAAAUCUGAAGUUACUCUAGAUAGCAAUAACUCAUAUAACCGAGCGAUAAUAUGAACGUUCUUAUAAAUUAUUUAUUUAAAAAUAAACUAAGCAAUUGUGACAGCUAACUUUAGUACAUGUUUAUUUGUAUUGUAUGUAAAAUUUAUGAAGUUUAUUCAAUUUCUUGGUAGUCUAGGAAGCAGGUUUGGUCAGAAAUGUAGGUAUUUUGGAUGCUAUCAUUCAUCAUCUGACCUAAUUUAUAAAGGA